UCUAAUUUCCAAACUGGUGUCCGACGAAAAUUAGGGCUCUGAGUCUGAGAGAGACCUUAGAUUUGGGGCAGUAUUCGCAGCAUCUGCAGUUAUUCUUUCUUCGAUUUCAGCGAUCAGCAGCAAAUGUCGCCUCCUCCUGGACCCUACUCCAGCACCAGCACUCUCGCCUUGGUGGCUCGUGCUUCAGCCUUCACGUUUGGAGUCGUCUAUGGAAAUUUGAAGCUUAAAGCGUUGCGAUGGUUGUUCAAGCUUUUGUGUUUGUUACCACUCGAUGUUUAG